UAAAAAAAUCGUUUGACAUAAGUACUUACUGUAAUUUCUGGUUUGUGGGAAUUUGCAUUCAAACAGCCAAGCCAAAAGAUUUGUUUAUUAUUUUAAUUAAAGAGUUUCUAGCCUAUAUUCUAGUGAUUUGCUAUUAUGUCAGCAGCAGAAGAACAGGAUGACGCCCCUGAUGUGUUGGAAGAGACGGGGGCCCUGGAGGCCGACGUUGGGGCUAAGUUUGACUACCAACUCAGUAACAUCGACCCACGGCUCAAGAUCGACAUGGACCCGCUGGCUCACAGAGACUUCCGGCCCGAAAUGAUGUUCAUACGGGAUGAACUGCGUCAAGCCAAGUUUCAAGCCUUAGCUGUCCGCCGCAUGGCUCUCAAGAAGUUGCUGCUGCAAGAUUUCAUCCGCGAGGACUGUGAGCUCCGGAACCUUGGCCUUGCGUACGCGCCGGCCGAUGCUUGAAUGGGCUCUACAAACGACAUCUGCCUCUAUAUCGGCUGUACACACACAAAUUUUAUAAUAUUGUGUGUACCUACAGAACAAUUUUUUUUUAUCGUAGCAACACUUAACUGUUCUCAUUGACAUUAUGUUUAAACAGACGGUGGCGGGCGACCCUAUUAUUUUCUACUUUUUUUCCAGGCUGUAGUGUAGUGUUAGUAGAAUAAUAAUCUUUUUAGAACUUCGUGUCCAAGAUUGUUAUUGAAUUAGUCACAACGAAUUUUAAAUCUGAUUUAUUUCGAUAAUUUCGAUGUCUUAACAGGCACCGUACUCAUUAUUUAUCACAUGUUAAUAAAUAUACUUAUGUUUGAAGUUUGUAUCUAAUUUAUGUACGUAAGAGCACUAGCUUCUAAUCCAUUAAAGUCAAUUAAGUUUCUGAUAAAA